GAGGAAUCGAUCAAUUUUCCAUGGGUGGGACCCUGUUGUGCGGUCCAGACUAGUCAUGGCCAUGAUUGUGCCACCGAUGCGUCACAUAGGUGGAGGAAAGGUCGCAGUGGCAGAAUUAGACCAUGAUGCCUCGUGAUUUGACGGAGCUGUUGAGAUGUGGUCAGAACAACGCCCUAAAGUUGUUUCAUGCCGCCUAUCGUAAGCCUUUUGAUCGUGGUUCGUUUACCCCUGCUUUGGCCAAUACCAUGUCCAGUCGGUAUAAAAGCAGAACUUAGACCGCCUCCGACAGACCAUAAAAACCUCUCAUCAGCCACCAAUCUCUCAUCCACUUACCCUUACCAGUUCACUUCCUCACACGAUAUCAUGAUCAUGACACCUGGCGGAAUACUUCAAGGCCUUCAACUCACCAGCGUAGAGGGUACUAUCGUUGAUCUUUUGGCAAAUCCCCUCGUAGACCAGGAAACUCUCGGACCCAACAGAGCUUGUUGCCUGGCUUGCGGUGCUCGUAUCGAGUUCUAUGACGACAAUUACGCCUAUGGUACUUUCCAUGCACAUACCACGAGAUGCGAGAAGGCGAAAGCAGCUUUGAGACAGAACGGGAGGUCUUUUCCUUACGCGAACGAGAUGCAGAAGCUUUGGCCAAGAGACAUUCUUCUCGAUCAAGAGGAGAAGAAGUACCAAAGGGGUCUUUACUCGAAGUCGAUCAUGGAGGUCAAACGCCGGAAGGCCGUCUACAAAGAACAUAUGAAAUCUCAGAAGUCCAGCUCAUCAGCCCCGGAUUUCCCUGCAUCGACUUUAGAACGGUUCCCGCCUCACGAUCGUUUGUUGGAUCCCUCCUUCACAGUAAGGGAACCUCAGAGUACCGGUAGAAGUACAGCUUCGAUGAUCGGGACUCUCAGGUUACCUCCGAUAGCUCCCACCAACAACAGAAUGCCUCACCCCUCAUGAUGACGACGCACGGUGCGAAAGGACGUAUUCCUCCCAACGGUCAUCGCCAGUUCCCUCGCCACUAGUUAUCGUAGCAACACAUCAUUAUCUCGAAAGCCUUCUUUAUUAUGACGUCGAAUCUGGGAGGUUGCUGACAAUGUCUCGAGAUUUUAUUCUUCUGUUACCCACAUCUUCUCCUGUAUGUACGAACCUCGGAUAUAAGUUAGCCUCGCCAACCUCACUCGUUUAACUCUUGCUAUUUCCCCAUUCACAUACCUUAAGCAAGCUCUAGAGUUUUACUUAUCUUUAAAUGUUUACCGGCUUGGAAGUAGAGUUCUUCUCUUCUUGUAGCAGACAUGUCAUGAAUUGUCCAAUACGGUAUUCGUUGACGACG